ACAUAACCAAACGUUAUCGCGACAUGAGCAUAUAUCUAGAGCAGUGCAAUGAAUUACUGUCCUGAGAUAGCAGUAUUACAGUCGGCUCUGUUGCUGACAAAUAAACAGAUUGGAAUCAAAGGAAAAGUGAAGACUUCAAAGACUGAUGUUGGACUAUGUGUGUCUAUUCUGCAUGGGGCAAUUCAAGAGAUCUGUAGUGGUCUGGAAGAGGACAGAGAACAACAAGAAGAGGAAACAUGGAGUCGACAUUUAUACAAUAUCCUUCUAUACAAAGUGAUAACAACACACUACAAAGAACUCCACCCAGAAGAAGAUAGAGGAUUGAGUCCAGGAAAACUGGUCGAUAAAAUUGAGGCCCUGUGUUCAGUACUACCACCCGUCAACAAGACAGUGUUUAUUGAAGUGGUAAAACGUUGUGGUUGGUUUCAGCUGUUCUUUGAUAGCUUGAUUUCUAUCCAGGAACAAGUUGCCAGGUCUCUGCUAUAUGACACUGUCAGCCAUAUUUGUGAGGACCAAAUUGAUGGUGAUGACCUACUGUGGGGAAAACUGUUUGUUGACUAUUUUGUUAGUAUCCUCAUCACUUCACUAAGACCUGAUGAAAGUAGCUAUAACAACAAAGACAAAACUAGCCAAUCAGAAAGCAUUCAAGAUGUAACAAUGUCCACCCGAUCAGAAAGAUCAAAUGAAGUUGAACUUUCCAAUACCAAUGGAGACAUUGGUAUGACUGGAGGACUGGAUGAAAUAUGUAACUCUGGAAAUACCAUUGCUAGUGCUUUUACACUUACAGAAAUGUGUUAUGCAUUCAAACAGAUCAUGAUGGUUGAUAGACAAAAAGCUGAAAAAAUCAAAGACCAUGGUAACGAAGAGCGAACGCUUUCAGAGUUGUGUCAGUGGUUGAUUCUAGGUAUUUGUUUCUGUCCCAAAUCUCCAGAAAUGUUCAGUCAGAUUUCAGAAUGGAUGAAAUUUAAUUCUUUUGGCAUUGAUAUUGAGGAUGAUUCUAGGGUUCCAAAUUUACCAUCGAAAGCAUUUGGGAGAUACAGUAGUACUAUAGUACUAGAAAGUGACACUGGAUUAAAUUCUACAUUGAGAGAUGCUCCAAGUAGUAAAUUUCCAUGGAAACGUUGGGUUGAUGAGAUAAAAACUAUUGUUUCUUCGGAAACAGUUCUGAAUGUAUCAAAAGACAAAGACAAGAAUCUUCAAGUUGAUGCAACUGUCUCAUUGUGUAACUAUGUUCCUUUGGUCUCAAGCAGACUAAGUUCUGGAAAGAUGAGUUCCAGCUUUAUGUCCCUAAGGUGUUCUCUAAUGAGGUUCUUGAGAAUGGUUGUCAAGGUACUCACAGGUAUCACAGAAUGUUCCUAUGGACAAAAUGUUAUUCUGGAUCCAGAAGAAAACUUGUCAUUUAGUGAAGAUCUGAAGUUUAUUAUAGGACAUCUCUGUGAAGUACUGCAGAUUUCCUAUUCAGAUGGCAACAAACAAUGCUGUUUUGAGAAAGACUGGUCAUUGUCAGCUAUUUUGUGGAGGAUAGAGAAUAGACAGCCUGAUUACACCGAUGGUUUGUUAAAACUUGUGACAACUUUUGAUGCUGAAGUUUGGUCAAAUUCAAGUUUGAUAAAAACUAUACAAGAAGACAUGGCUGCACUCCUAACAACUGAUAUAAUGGAAAAGUUUUAUGAGCUAGUGGCAAAAAUUGCAGACAGUAUGGAUCCAGAAUCACUGUGGCAGCUUAAACAGUUGGUGCUGGCUGGUUUUAGUAGUCUCCCUUUGACUGUUCAAGAUGAACACAUUGCCACAGUGUACUCAACUUAUAGACAUUGGCCUCAUCCUCAAGGCAAUCAGUUGGAUGGAAUUGUAACAACAACACUUAACAAACUCACCAUGGAAAACCGUGAAAAUGAGAAGGUUAUACUGGAGCUAUGUCAGCUCGCCCUGCAGGAUGUUGAGCUUGUAAUCAAAGGCAUUGUAAGCCGGGCUAGUAGCAGUGCACAACAAGCAGAGAUAGCUAUCAAGGUCCUAACAAGGAUGUCCAAUAUGGCCUCAGGAAAGACAGAGGGCUGUAGUGUAUGUGAUAAUUUUCAUCAGUUCAUUCUAUGUAAUAAGCUGUCUCCUAAGGAACGUCGUAAUGCCUUGUACUUCAUACAGAUGGCAAUCCAGAAACCAUUCAACAGUGAAGACAUUAUGAGGACACCACUGCUGAAUUGUAACAAGUUCAUCCAGAAAACUGUUCUACCAUUCCUCAAUGUUUCAUCUCUUAGUAACCAAAAUCAAGGCAUGGAUACCAUUUUUGCAUUAGAGAUUUUCAUUAGUAUUAUUGAAGCAAUGAAACAUCAUAAGGCCUUUCUGACUAGCUUAGUGAGGUCCUUAGCAACCGAAUCUGCGCCUUGGUUACUGAGUGUGGCUGAACUAUGGCAGCAUAGUGUGGCUCUUUGGGAAUCGGAUGAAGAUGCAGGAGUGAGGUUGAAGUUGAAAGAAAAUUUGGUGAAGUUUUCAGCUCUACUUAAGUUGAUGAAUGCUUCUGGUGAACUGUGCACUUAUGGCCCUGAGACAAGUGUGUGGCUCCACAGUCAUCUAGAACAACUGGACUGGUCAGUUCAACUCCAUAUGGCAGAAAUACUAGGUCCAGUAACAUACACACAGGAAUGUGAGCUGGAGGAACUCUGUCUAGCACUGAUAAACAAUUCAGGUGACAGAGUUUACCUGGAUCUGCUGCGAGCAGCUGCUGUUAGUGAACCAAUGAUGCAUUCUGUGGCCCAGAUGUUUACAAAAGCAGACUCAGGCCUGGUUCUGGUAUAUGAGGAUAUGGUAGUGACAUUAGCACAGAUGCUACCACACUGUGUGUUUGAAGAGUGGAAGAGAGUUACACAGUUAAUACAAAGACUUUUUGAUCAGGAACAUCCAACUCUCCAGCACAACAAUAGAUAUGGACUAGAGAACUUUGGGAAGCACUCAGAAGCUGUGUUGCAGUCAUUGAAUCUUUCUCAAUUGUUGCAUGAUGUCAUGGUGGUCCUUCAAUAUACUACGCUAACAACAAAUAUGGCUGGCUUGUUACACUGCACCAAAUGUUACGUGGCAGUUCUUAAGGAGUAUGUCCUUGUUAAGGAGAGCACCCUAUCUGCAUCAGAACAUCUAUUACUGCUCACAGAAGUGUUUUGUCAUGUGUGCAAUGCAACUUAUUGGAUGCCAAUGGAGACUCUCGAUCCCUUGGACGUUCUUCAACUCGACAUGGUGUGUUCUCUAGAACUGGUCAAACGUGAACUGGAUAUGAAUGCAUUUACGACUCUCUUUACGCACAGCAUCAAGCAUGUCACCCAAAAUUUACAAACUGUCCAAAAUGCAGACACAAAGAGUAUGCUGGAUAAGAAGAUCACAGCAUUAUUACAAUGAUAAAACCCGUCCUUUGAUCAUAUCCAAGUUAGUGACACAUUUAGUGUGUCAAUUAUCUCUCUUUAAAGGGUAAAGUUGACAUGUAUUUGAACUAUUUCAUUUCAGGAGGAAAUGAGGAAUUUGAAGAUUGAAGCAAAAUUGAUUCUUAAGUGUCCGAUUAAAAUAUUGCAAUAAUUUGUGGAAUUUGUCAUAAUUAAAGAUUCUAAUGAUCUGUUUU